AUGAUAUCUUCUAGAGUCCAAGGCGCCUUACCCAACAAUACCGAGGCAAAUCCAAGAGAACAGGUGCAAGCCAUUACUUUUAGGAGUGGUAAGGAGCUGCAAGAGGUGGAGAAGAAAGCAAGGGAAAAAGACAAGAGUUUACAUAUUAACAUUCCUUUUGCAGAUGCUUUAGCCCAAAUGCCACACUAUGCAAAGUUCCUGAAGGAGAUAUUGGCAAACAAAAGGAAACUGGGAGACGUGGCUACAGUUGCACUGAAUGAAGAAUGCUUAGCAAUCCUCCUCAACAAGCUGCCUCAGAAUCUAAAAGACCCAGGGAGUUUCACUAUUCCUUGCACUAUAGUCAAUAGUCAGCGCCUCAAACCAUAUAUAGCGGAUGGAGCAUUGCCUACCCCAUCAACUGUAGACAAUGGUUGUGGAAGCUAUGUUGCUCCCCCAGGUGCAUUGGACUGGUAUGCAUUGAGGUCCUCACUUGACUACUCAGUUGCUCUGCCACCAAUUCCACCACCGCCUUCAAAGGCCAUCAUCAUGGGAGGAAUUGAUCCCGGUGACGGACUAGUAGGAACUAUUUGCAAAUGUGGAAAUUUGGCGAUUGAGCAUGCUGAUUUUAAUGGAAUUGAGCGUCUUGCUCUGGUAACUGGUGGUGAGUUUGGUGAAGACAAAUUAAUUCACUUCUCUAGGGUUGAAAUGGGUCAAGCUUGCACCAUAGUAUUAAGAGGUGCUAGUUUUCAUGUGCUUGAUGAGGCUGAAAGGUCUCUACAUGAUGCCCUGUGUGUACUCUCUCAAACUGUUGUCAAUAGCAAAGUUUUACUUGGAGGAGCGGCGCCUGAGAUGGUGGUGGCAAAGGAAGUCGAUGUAUUGGCCCGCAGAACUCCAGGAAAGAAGUCUCAUGCAAUUAAGGCAUUCUCACGGGCCUUACAGGCCAUCCCUACAACUAUUGCAGAUAAUGCAAGUUUGGACAGUGUGGAAUUGAUUUCUCAGCUUCGUGCAGAGCAUCACAAGGAGGGGUGUACUGCUGGAAUCGACAUCCUCUCAGGGAUAGUAGGAGAAAUGGAGAAACUUGGAAUCUCAGAGCCAUUCAAAGUCAAGCAGGCUGUGCUACUAUCUGCAACUGAAGCUGUAGAGAUGAUACUCAAAGUUGAUGAAAUCAUCACUUGUGCCCCACGGAAAAGAGAAGACAGAAUUUCGGAGAGUUGGGAUAGAGAGAAUGAGAGAGGAUGGUGA